GAAGGUUAACGGCGUAUCAUGUAUCAUAUGAUGUUACGUCCUCAACGGAUUCUGUUACAGUUAAGCCUGUGGUGUUCCGAAUCGUGUUGAUUUCGUUUCGUGUCCUGCACUUGUGAAAAGUUGCAAGUAUUAUGUGUAAAUAAGUCUCGUCGAAUCAACGUUCGUUUUGUAGAAAUUUUACGAGCCUAGUUUUUGCGACCAUGAGUUAUGAGGGCGAGCAACGACCUUCAUCUGAUAACCUCGUGGAUCUGCACGUUUCUAUAGUUCCUAUUGAACAUUGGGUGGAAAGGUUAAACUAUGCCAGUUGCAAAAUCAUAUCUGAUACGUUUUCAGCCGGAUUUCUCAGAGUUUCUCCAGACACUCAUGUUGCAAAACUCCGCAAUGAAAUCCAGGAUCAACUUGGUCAUGCUAAUUUUCCAUCUGAAUAUGUUUUCCUCAAGCAUGUUGGAAGGUGUUUGGCCCUGGUUCGUCAAAACCAAGAAGGAAAGUUAAAAGUGAAAAACUUUUUACCCCCACAUAGCAUUAUGCCAGAAAUAUUUGUCCUGCCUGGUCACCCAAGCAUGUACACUUACUCUGUGCUUCCCCCCAUCAAUGGAGUGCAUCAGAACUUAUUCGACUCCCAACCAAACACAGAGACACCAUUACCACUUCCAGCACCAUUACUCGAUACAAAAAUCGCACUGAAAGGAAAACGUAAAUCCCAACAAAACUUGGCCACUUUAAGAGACAAUGAAACAAGCCCAACUCCCAGAGCCUUUAAACCACAAACAAAGAAAUCUCCCCGACAACAAAGAAAUUCAUCUCGAGAGCAACCUAAGCGACAUUUAAGCGGAAAAAGCUCAGACCCAGUUUCCCAAAACAAUAAAGCAAACAUGCAAAGAAGAAGAAGUUCAGUUUUCGCAAGCCCAACAAAUGAUCAACAAGAAGAUGAUUUUACACCCUCCCCUACACGCAAAAAUUUACCUGCAGGUAAACCCCAUCCAACAAAAGCAAGGUCUGUGUUAAUUGAUGGACCAAAGCAACACCAAGUCAGUUACAACUUGCCACAGGAAGCAAACUCAGUUGCUUCUUCAUUAGAAAACAAGAAUGAAGAUACCUCACCUUCCCCAUACCAGGGUGAAGACAAGAGAUACAUGUACAGCACUAAUGAUGAUUCAGGUUAUGUAGAUGUUGAAAGAAGUGCAUCUGAAGCUUCAACCCAUUAUAUACAUUCAAAUACAAGGGAUCCUGUUACGUUUCGAAAAAAUGAAGCUGCGCCGGCGCCUAGGAGAAGUAAUAACGAAGAAAUAGAAAAUUCCCCUACUGCUAAAAGAAGGAGCAAGGUAUGGCAGGCAUUUUCUCCCAAACCGAGUAAUUCUUCUGUUUAUUCCAAACCUGGUUCUCCUUUACUUUGGAAGCAUGAACAAUCAAAUGCAGAUGAACAGUCACAAGUUACCACCGAAAUGCAUAUAAAUGAAUACGAACAUGAAGAUUUCCAGAAUAGACAACAACAACAGAUGCUUCAAUUCCCAUCUCAACACCCCAAGAACAGGAAUUUCCACCUACAGGAAACAAAUGAAAUGCAUACAAAUGAAUAUGAACAUGAAGAACACCAGUAUGGACAACAACAACAGCAACAACAAAAUUUUCAACUUUCCUCUCAACCCCUCAAAAACAGGAUUUUUCAGCCGCAGCAUAGCAGUUCAAGCAACACCCCUUUUGGUCCUAUGUCUGAUGAUCUCAGUGAAACUGGCUCAACACAUAGUAGCGUAGGCAUGACAUCAAGUGCACAGCUUGAAUAUGACAGUGCUGAAGAGUCAAACCACUUUGAGCGACGUGGUUCAAUUUACAGAAAAAACUAUCAUAAAUCAAACAGGAAAAAACACAGCAAUAAAUAUGAUACUGAAUUUGAUUCUGAAAAUGAAGACCCAAACUUUAAACCAACAAAACAAAGUAACUCAGAAAGUAACAACACUACGCAAUCUCUAACAAUAAAUACUGAUGAGUUUCACCAACAAUCAAAAAGAAUAAAAAGAUCGUCCUAUAGUAAUACUGGCAGUGAAAGCAGUGACAUAGCUUUGAAACUGCAGACUACACCACUUCCAGAACCUUCUGUUUUUAGUGAAUCACUGCACAACACAUCACUCACACAUGAUGAUAAUAAAAGAAAUCAUAAACUGCAAUCACCCACACAUGAUACAGAACAAAGCACUACCAAUUUCAUUAAAGGCGAUUUUUUUACUUCACAUAAAAAAGAAAAGUCAUUUGUUGAGAAUGAGGUGUUUAUACAUGACUUUAAUCCAACACAUGGUGAAGAUAAUGUCUCUAAAUCCCCUCUGCCAAAUGAACAGACCUCUGAGUCACCUACAAAGUCCAUGACAUUAGCUUUUACCCCAGUCCAUGAAAACGCAGGUAAUGGUAUCGCCAACUUAUCAGGGCAACCAUUGACUUCAAAUUGGAAUAAUGGAGAGAAAAUUCUAACUACAAGUAACUUGCAUAGAGGAGACCCUGAUGGGAUGCCUACAGUCACUACAGUUAGUUCAUCAAAUGACGAUGACAGACCUGCAUUUCUUAUACCAGAUGCCGAGGAUCUUGUACAAGCUGAUGCUACGAAGCAAGACCCCUUUAAACCACUUCCAGAAACAGUAUUUAACUUACCACAACAGCAAAGUACAGCUGUUCAAUCCACUAAAGGUAAAAUAAAUUUAGAUAAAACAGAACAUGUUGCUAAAGAAAUCAUUGCCACUGAAACAGAGGUGUAUGAAACUGCUGAAUCUGGUGCUGGAGAUAAUACACUCAUUCCUGAUACACCCCAAAAACAAGCUCCGCUACAUGAAGCAGCAGAGACACACACUCCUUCCCCAAUCACAAUACCUGUGUUUAAGAAACCACCAAUUGAAAGUCGAGAUUUACUGGACAGUUCGCAAUCUUCUGUGCGAAAUGUGGCUGUAAACAACAAUAAGUCAAACAAGACUGAAAAGGAAAGCAAAGUGAAACGUGAAACUGGAGUGGUAAAGACUACAAAGCAAAAUGACAAACGAUCUGAUAGCGCCAGCCGAGAAAAACUGUGGUCAGAGUUACAGAGAGCAAGAACUGAUCGCAGAAAUGCUGAGAACAAACGUCAGGAGUUGGUUCGACAAGCAAAGAUGACAACAUCAAAAAUGAACCAGAAACGAACAUCAGUCCGAGACAUUUGGAAAAAGAAGUUCUUUGAACAAAAGAAGAAAACGAUGCCGCUUACUGAUGUAUCUAACAGACUGCAGCAGGAAUAUAACAAAUUACAUCAUCGUCUUGUGUCAGUUAUGGAGGGUCAAAAGGCAUUGGGACAACAAAAAGUGCAAGUGUUACCAAUCACAACUGUUUUACCAUCAGUUAAGAACAACACUAAAAUACAAGUCACCAGGUUUCAGCAUGAUAUUGAUAACCUUAGGCAAAAGAUUGAAGAUGCGAAAAUAAAACUGACAGGCGAAAUUAAGUUACGUCAUCAUGCCGACGAAAAUGUGAAAGUCGUGCGCCAAGAAUUGUUGUCGAAAAAAAUUCAAGCCCACAUCGCUUACAGGGGGAUCUCAGGCAAGCCUGGUCUACCAGCAAUUAAAGUUAAAUGAGUUAUAUUUUGAAUAUACUUCGGCAACGCGAGCGUAUUGCUUUAUUCGCCUGAGACCAUGCGUGUCUGGAAUACGCGAAUAGUAGGAUUUUUUGUUUUUAAUCAAAUGUAAAUUACAAUCAAAGGUUUUUAAAUCAAACAUGACUGAGGUACUGCCUGUGUCAAAUAUUAUGUAUGAAUUUCAAACCAAAAGUUGUGAAAAUAUUGGUUUGGGUCAUAAUUAAUUUUGUUAUAAAAGUUACUGUUAUUUUAUUUUGUAAUUUGUAACCCUGCACUUCCUCCGUCCAGAUAUUUUCACUGUGUAUUAACCAAAGAGAUUAAAACCAUGACCAUGGUUUUAAUCUCUUUGGUAUUAACUAUAUAUAGCGUCGAGACAUUAUAUCGUUCAUUAUUAUGGUUCCUUGAGUUACGAAGCAUAAAAGAUAUUUUGUCAAUAGAAUUCCGUCUGUCAUUACGUGUACCAGUUCUUUUCAAUCGAAGAACAAAAUUUGUAUCAACAUAUAAAAACAAAGCGAGCCUUCUGUGUUUGAGCUAUCAAGUUUUACUCUGUGUAUCGUAUUUCUUGUCGUUGGGUGUUCAAACUUCUUUAAGUUUAGGCUCUGUGUUGCUCCCUAUAUGCCCUUUAACUACAGUAUUAUGAAGUUUCACGUUUAUUUUUGUAAUAAAACUA